AGGCUGGGCGACGGGCUGCUCUGCCUUCUGCUGUUGCUGAGCUACUGCUGCUUAAUAACACAGGGACUGUACACAGAGCAGUACAACGCCGGCCACUGCUAGAGGAAAGAUAACGAUACCCGGGAGGUAACGCCUGCCAUGAGUUAGGAGAGUCGGCACAGGAGCAUAUUUGUUAGCUGUUAAAUGAAGUUUGACAGGCUAACGUCAGGUUUAGCCAUCUUCAAGGAGCUAAUUAGCUCCAGUGUUGGCUGCGAGUGCUGCCACUAGCUGCUAGCAGUGGUAAGGCUGUGUGUUUCCACGAUGACAGCCUGUGAGAGCCGCUAGCCUUCGGAAGAAGCCUGUGAGUUAACGUUACAUCUCUGCGGUCUGUUUUCGCGAAGUAACCUGACAGACGCACGAUGGCUUUUUUGCUAUUUAAUUAGCCAUUUUGUGAUAGCAAUGCGUACUACACUGAUUCAGAAUAACGUUAGCUCGCCGGCGUCGGAUUAUUGCACCCUGUGGUACAACUGUGCCCUGCCCGGCAGCGUGUCGUGUAGCCUUCCGCAUAAUGAGUGAUCAUUAUGUAAAAGUUAAGGUUCAACUCGAGCAAAUGAAGUCGUUUGGCGAGGAUGCAGAGAAGGAGGGUGUGGACGCCGAGGAGCAGCUUGCAGUGUCCUCUCCCCCGGCUUCCGUCUCACCGGACCCUUCCAGCCUCACCACAACUGGCCGAGAUGCGUCCAACACCUCCAUCACUGGUAAACAGAGGGGUAAAGGUCGCAGUAAGGUGGGGAAAGAUGACAAGAACUCCUGUGGCAAACACGUCCCGGAUCUGUCCUUGCACGGCUCUGUGAUUUCUCCCCAUGUCGGGAGGAACUUGAACAGACCGGGGCAUGAGCGGACGCUGCACAUCAAAGGGACUGGGAAGAUCCUGCAGGGCAAGUCGGAGAAUAACGGGAACUGUGUGACCAUCCAUUCAUCCAAAAACAUUCAAGAAGCACGCCACGAGGACGGAUUCAAACUUGCGAGGAAGAGAAGACCAGUGACGGUGGAUACCGCAAAAGCCAAAACCUCGUUGGAGGCACUGAAGUUAAGCAUCAAGCAGCUGAAGUGGAAAGAGUUUCCUCUGGGAAGACGGGCAGCCUGUGAUAUCUACUGGCAUGGCGUUUCCUUCCAUGACAAUGAAAAUAUAGUCUCAGGGCAGGUGAACAAGUUCCCAGGAAUGAUUGAAAUGCUGAGGAAGAUCAACAUGAGUCGGGCAGUGCGCACCAUGCAGGAGUUGUUUCCAGAAGAGUACGACUUCUAUCCCCGUUCCUGGAUCCUGCCCGAGGAGUACCAGCAGUUUUCCACACAGAUUCGCAUGGUGAAGGAGAACGAUGCCACACUGAAUCCCACUUUCAUUGUGAAGCCAGAUGGGGGCUCUCAGGGGGACGGCAUCUACCUCAUCCGUGACCCUAGUGACCUAAAGCUCAUGCCGGGUUCACAGGCCAAACAGGCUGUAGUCCAGGAGUACAUCCAUAAGCCGUUACUCAUCGACAAGCUCAAGUUCGAUAUCCGCCUCUACGUGCUGAUAAAGUCCAUGGAGCCAUUGGAGAUCUACAUUGCCAAGGAAGGCCUGACACGCUUUUGCACCGAGCCCUACCAGGAACCAAGCCAGAAGAACCUAAGCCAUGUCUUCAUGCACCUGACGAACUACUCCCUCAACGUCCACAGCGGUAACUUUGUGCACUCAGACAGCCAGAGCACAGGCAGCAAGCGCACUCUCUCCAGCGUGCUGUACAGGCUGGCAGCUAAAGGCGUAGACAUCAAGAAGGUGUGGUCGGACAUCAUCGCUCUUGUCAUCAAGACUGUCAUCGCUGUGGUGCCAGAACUUAAAGUUUACUAUCAGGCUGAUAUACCGCCUGGCAAACCAGGACCCACUUGCUUCCAGAUAUUAGGUUUUGACAUCCUGCUGAUGAAGAACCUGAAGCCAGUAUUACUGGAGGUCAACUCUAACCCCAGUAUGAGAAUAGAACAUGAACAGGAAGUGGCACCAGGAGUUUUUGAAUACGUUCCUAGUCCUGUUGACGAAGAGGUCAAAGUGAGUGUGAUCAGGGACACUCUGCGCCUUAUGGAUCCUGGCAACAAGAAACCUUCAAUUUCCCAUCCAAGAGGCGGUGGGUUUGAACAUGGGGAGGAGAUUCCCAUGGAGGCGGAGACACAAGAGAGGAGCCAGGAUGAGGCCCUGCCCUCGCUGUGUCUGAAGCAAGUCUACCCCAAGUACACCAAACAGUUCAACUACCUGCGGCUGGUGGAGCGAAUCGCAGUUCUGUUCAUACGCUUCCUCGGGGUCAAGGGCAAUAUGCGUCUGGGCCCCACUGCCUUCCGAACCUUCAUCAGGACCUGCAAACUGAGCAACAGUAACUUCACCAUGGCUUCAGUGGACAUCCUCUACAUAGACAUCACCCGUCGUUGGUCAGGGGCAGUGGCUGACUCUAGAGAAGCAGGUAUGGGACUACAAGCGUUUGUCGAAGCAUUUUUCCACCUGGCAGGUCGCAGGUUCAAAUCCCUGGCGAUGAGGGAGCAGGUAGCGUCACUGCUGGAGCUGUGCGAAGCUCAGCUGGAGUCCCAGUCGGGCGUCGAGGACAGACGCUCCGUCAGCUGCAGCAGGGCGCUGCCGCGUGCUAACAAGACUCAGACGCUGGGCCUCACCAACCCUCAGCUCAACUCCCCGGCUCCCCUGCGAAGGGCGGCCAGCCAGGACUACCGACUGCAUCAGAGACUCAAGCCUCGCACACUCAGGGCCAACGUGGAGAACUGACGAGAGAGUCAUCCAACUCCCAAACACUGCCGUUAGCCCUCUCCACAGGAGCAGGGGGGAAAUUAGGUAUCCUCUGCUGCUCCCGCAAAGGGAGGGUGAUGGGAGCAGAGAGAGGGACUAGCUGGACCCCUGCUGGCUGACUUGCAGGAGGACUGUUUUCAGCCUGAUUGCUUUUUUUUUUUUUUUCUGAAGGGGAAGAUGUCCAUGGGAGGGAAGGUGCAUUUCUUCCUCCCCUCCUGAUGAUGUAGUCCAAUCAGGGGGAGGAUAAGGCUGCUUUUAAUAUACUUACUGAUUCGUACAGGGCAGCUAUCUGCUUCCCUUCACCUCUGUCUGGCAACACGUGCACCGAAACAAACUUUCUUUUUCAGGGAUAACAUUAAGACGCUCCAACUACAUUCAGUGCAUUUACACACGUUACACAUAAAUAAAGGGGUGUAAGGGA